AUGGCCAAGGGGAACAAGGGCAAGCAACAGCAGCAGCAGGCCAAUGGGUCUGCGACUGGAGCUGGAGCUGCCAAAUCACCGUCCACCAACGGCCACCACAGCAAGGCCUCAGCGUCACUGCUCGUCACCACCUCUGACGAUGAGCACACCGAGUCGGCCGACUACGAUGAGAUCUCCAGCAGCAACAGUGCUACCCAAAAUCAGGCCCCCGAUGAUGAUAUUGACCACGAGAAGGUGGAGGCCUUUCGGCGAAUCGCCUCCGCCGAGGAGAUUGAGGAAAUGAGCGAUGAACUGCUGGAGAACCACGUCGACCUGGCCAGCCUCAGUCCGGAGCGCCGCGCCAAGGUGGAGGAGGAGCUGAAGAAGGAGCUGGCCAAGACUGAGGAGGAGAUUCAGACGCUUCGCCAGGUGCUGAACGCCAAGGUGAAGCACUCGCACGAGCUGAAGCGCAAGCUGGGCAUCACCGUGUGGAAGGAGUUUCGCGAGGACAUGGAGCAGAACAUUCGCAACAUCCAGGAGACGUCCACGUACCAGAAGACCACCGACGUGGUGAAGGCCGCCUCGGAGAAGACCACCUCGAUGAUCGGCACCUUCGGCGGCUCGGUGGCGCGCAAGCUGGGCGAGGUGAAGAACUCCAACGCCUUCAAGUCCUUUGAGGAGCGCGUCGGCUACGCGGUCACCAAUGUCAAGAGCAAAAUCUCCUCGCGCAGCAACAGCACCACCAACUUUGACGACGCCCUGCGCAACUCGGAGUCGAUGGCCGGCAAUGGCAGCGGCGGCGGCUUCUCCUCGACGACGCCCAUCACCUCGCCGACCAUUCCGGAGGACAAGCCGCUGGCGUAA